AACUUUUUUUUUCUUAACAGUGGACUACUUUUGUCGUCAUCCUAUUACUAGGGUAUCAACUUUCCAAGAUUAUUUUGAAUUUCCAUUUCGAGGAAUUUAUGCUACUUGGAAAAACCGGGUAUCAAGUGCACCGACUUAGACAUAGGGCCAAGGCUUUAACAAAGAGUGUUGAAAUUUUCAAAUCCACAGCAAGCAAAUUCGCCACACCCGUAUUAACUGAUCAGGAGCAAAAAGAACAAGAAAAUAAUAAUAAUAAUGUAAAAAACUGAGAACAAAGCCACAUGGCAAACUAAUCAAGCCAAACCCAAGGCUACAGUGUUGACAUAGUUCACAUAUCAACUUUGCAACAGGAAUAAUCACAAGUCUAUUGUGGUCAAAGACAGAUAAGUUGACAUUUCCGUGAGCCGGCCAUUCACUGGAUCUUGAUUCCCAAGAAACGGGUGUAACUUGAUAUACAUGAGGUGUAAGCAAGCAAAAUAAUUUAAAGGGAGCAGUUUCAAACACAGUGAGCAGUCACUGGUUGUCCUGGCUGCAGGACAUGCAAAUUGAUGCACCAGGAAGUCGUCACUUUCAUGAUACAUGUGGGAGGGAAAACAAGCAGGUGUUCUUGGAAAAAAAAAACAGAAGGUGUGUCCCAUCAGGUGUGUGCAUUAACAAUGGGGAAGCAGGAUCAUACAGAGUCACCUACCUGUUCACAACAGUCAGAAGGAGGACUUAAUAUGCAUUACUGAACAAGAGUUAACCACCUCUGCUGAAGCUUACAGGACUAAUACAACACAGCAUAAAAAGCUUUGGCAUACACAUGUAUCUAAAAACAGAAUCAUAACAGAAAAGUAAUUGAAAUGAAUAAAUAAACACAAAAGAAACACAAACAUGAGAAGCCUAUAGAGAACUUACAGAGCUCAUGUUGGAAAAGCAAAUCUGUUUGGCACAACAUCACAUUCAAAUCAUAAUUCUGAUUGUAAAACCUGCCAGACAAGAUGGGCUUAACCCAAAAAAAAAACAAAAGAACAUCGUCUUGGACCACAGUGACACAAUGUAGACUCUCACAAACACCUGUCCCUGAUGAAUUUCCUCACAGACAUUUUGGACACGGUGGACAUCAGAAGAAAUUUAUUGCUGAUCAGAUCAAAUCAAAGAAAAUUUCCUGGAGCAUCUGAACACUGCGGUAUCAAAUCAAAUGAUGCCAGAGUUGCCAUCUUUGUUUGACACAAGCCACACUUUCAGAAUGCUGGCCAUUAUACAUGAAUGGGAGGGCAUGUCUGCCAGUCACACAGACAACACUGGAAAGUAUGUUUCACUCUUACUUUCCAAAGCGGGCCUGGAAACGGUGAUCUUUUAUUUAUGGUGUCAAAAACGGUACACCAUCUUUAUGAGUGUGUGCAGCCUGUCCAUCAUACUGGCUGACUGGGUGAUGACCAUUUUAAUGGCAGCUUUGUGGUUACUGGGUCCUGUCCACUCAUUUACACCCUGCUUCAUUUUGACCAAUGCCUCAGCAACCUAUGCAGCAUUACCACUGCCCAUGAUAUUGCUGGGUUUAACAGACUACCUUUUAGGAGACAAAGCUCUUAGCAACCGCAGAGCCUUCUUCAAAACCCUCGGAAAUGUAUUCCUGACACUUCUCGUGUGGCUUAUAGCUUUUACAUGCUCUUUUAGCUAUGCUGAUGCUAAACUGAUGGAUAUGAGUUGUGGGAAAAGGUUGAAGAAAGCUCUGGUGUGUGAAGUGGAGGAGUCAAAACUGGUGAUCAACUUCAUUGCUGGGAUUUUCACUGCAAUACUUCUAACACUGCUACCAUUUUGCUCACAUAUUCCCCAGUGGGUACGAGAUGCUGACAGGUUAUGUGAAGCAGAGGAAGAACAAGAGAAAAUUAGGGACGACUUGCCACUCACUUUAACCCUCUGCCCAGAGACAGAAGGUGAUGAAAAGAGUUACCCGACAGAUACAAUCCGCCAUCGACCACCACUGUGGAUCAGCCUAAUACUGGGCUUCGCCACAUUUUGGAUGCCUUUUCUUGCUGUGUCUCUGGCCUGUUUGGUUUUUGGCCUUGGAGUACCUGCGUACAUCUCUGUUAACCUGCUGUGGCUGGAAUGCACCAACAGUUUACUGUUGGGUGUGCUAUUCUGGGUAAAGACCAAGAGUCCAAGGCCACACACCAAUCUACCAGAAAAUCUGUGCUCAUGGCACAUUUACUGGCAUAUAAGCAGAGAAAUGCAACCCGAGCUGAUGGUUCCUGAGCUCAACCCACCUAAAGAGAAGACAAAUAUUUAUGAUGUGUAAGAAAAAACCUCAAAGUAACAAACAUCACAAGCCUAGAUUCGGAAUGUCACACUCAUUUUACAUUGUGGGCCAUAUACAGCCCACUUUGAUACUAUGUGGAGCAAAUAAGUGAAACUCCCUUUUCCAAAAGUUGAAAGACGUUUAACUGCAUUGAAUCCCUCAGAUAUCAAAACGCUGGGACAAGUUUUUGAAAGACAUCUGUCAACACGACUGGUUGGACUUAAAGCGUAAGAAAUAAACAUACAACAUUACAGAAAAAGUUUUGGCAGCUCAUUGGUCAGUUUGUCCUGUAAUUAUAAACAGAGUUUAUGUUAAUGCACAGAAAAUGUCAUUUUUUACCCCGGUCUAAGAAGUUAUGUUUUUGAUAAUGUUUGUAUGUGUAAGCAUCAUUCUGUGUUUAUGCACGCUGGCUCAAAAAGCUUUGAAUAAAAAACUUUGCAGGGGUCUAGAGUGGGGUCAUAUUAACAAUACAUUCAAAUCUGACUUUUAUCCACCAAGCUAUUCAAGGUCAGCUUAAUGAUUUAUUGCUUGAAAAUGGCCAAACAGGCUUACAACUUAGAAACGAUGAUUGUUAAAGUUGUGAUGUGUAUUGCCAACAUAUAAAAACAACAAAAAAGGUUUAAAAAAAACUCACAUUCGACGUCUGACAUCAUAUUCAAGGUAAAUAGAUUAAUUUGAAGGUCAAAGUGCUAAUAACAGGGCUUCUUACAGCCACUGUUUGAGUUGUCAACAUAUGUGAUAUAGCGAAUGCUGAUUCUUUAUAUCAGGUUACUUUGGAACUUAACCUGUUCUUCAAGGUCCACUAAGGUCCUUUGACCACUAAGUUCAAACUUUCAUCAUUUAUCUUUAAAACUAUGCUUUAAUUUCUACUGCCUUUGUUUACUAGCAAAAUUUAGGAAAUGAUACUAAUAUAUGGAGACUGUAAAUAUUAAAUUACACAUACAAAUAACAUGUUACAUUUGACCUUUAACCUCACUUUUACAUUCUGUCUUUUUGUAAGUUAUCAUAAGUUUAUAUUACAUUUACUAUACUAUAAUUUAAAGAAAAUACUUUAAGAAAGAAUAUUUUUAAAAAGAAUAAAAAAUAUAUAAUAUACAAAAUACAAUACUAUUCUAAUAAGAGUAAAUACUGCGAGUGUGAGCUGCCUUUGUGACAGUUUGCACGCCUAGUGCUUCUUCGUUUAUUGUUUUUUUGUUGUUGUUGUUUUUUUUGUACUUGGAUUUUUUUUUAAUUCUUUUUUAUUUUAUGUAACCAUGGCCGCUUUUUAAUUGUUGCUGUAAUUGUAAUUUUUUUUAAUCUAUUAGGAAAUUGGUGUAGUAUGAAUGGAAAUUAGGGAGGUCUUAUAAAACUGUAGUAGAGAAAUAUGUGAAAACUAUGAAAUUAAAAUUUUAAAAAACCCAAAGACGACCAGUGGGCCUUGUGUCUGACACCCCUGGUCUACACUAAAAGAAACGUGAUGUGAUGAUUCACUAAGAAAGUUUCACCUGUGUGAAUGCUGCAGUCAAUGUCUACUUCAAGUUACACACCUGAUAUUAUUACUGAAUGAUUGACUGAAAUGUAUUCCUCCUUCUGUUAUAAUCAGGUAUAGCAUCAUAAAAUGUAAGAUACAAUACCUUGUUUUUCUCCUACCGUUUAAGACAAGCUUGACUGUGUUGUACAAAUAGGUACAAAGUUUCUUCUAGAUGUUCAUGAAUGUCAUUAAAUAUGAUCAGCAGCGACCUUGGAUCCUGAAUGUAAUCUUUUCUUCCAUCAUAUGUUAUUUCCAAGUUGAAGAAUAAACUAAACUAAACU